AUGUCUACAACAUCGAAAGAUGGCAUUCCAUCCAUUGCCUUGGAAGCUGCUCUCAAGCCCACAUCAUCAUCCAUUGACCUUUCAUCACAUUUAGUUGUUCAUGGUCAUGAUUUUAAUAAACCCGGCCCCGUUGAUUACAAUGCUCUGUUAAAUUCCUAUGUAUCGACUGGUUUUCAAGCCACACAUUUCGGCCAAGCAUGCCAACAAAUCAAAUCCAUGCUUGAAAAUGACUCUCUGAUUUUCUUUGGUUAUACAUCAAACAUGGUCUCCAGUGGAUGCCGGGAUAUCAUACGUUACUUAUGUCAGCAUAAACUUAUCCAUGUUCUUGUUUCAACUGCUGGUGGAGUCGAAGAAGACUUUAUAAAAUGUUUAGCGCCAACUUAUGUCGGAGAAUUUACGUUAAAUGGACAACAGUUACGAGCCAAUGGAAUCAAUCGUAUUGGUAACUUAUUAGUACCGAAUACAAACUAUUGCAAAUUUGAAGAUUGGUUGAUGCCAAUAUUGGAUCGGUUUGUUGAUGAAAAUGAGAAUAAUUGCAUUCUGACACCAUCGAAACUAAUCGAAAAACUCGGCAGAGAAAUCAAUAAUGAAGAAUCAAUCUAUUAUUGGUGUGCUAAGAAUGAUAUUCCCGUGUUUUGUCCGGCGAUAACUGAUGGAAGUCUGGGCGAUAUGUUAUAUUUUCAUACAUAUCGCAAACCCGGACUGAAGAUUGAUAUUUUAGACGAUUUGAAAAGAAUCAACAAUUUGGCUGUUCAUGCAAAGUCAACUGGAAUGCUGAUUUUAGGUGGUGGAAUCGUUAAACAUCAUAUUUGUAACGCCAAUCUAAUGCGCAAUGGUGCUGAUUAUGCUGUUUAUAUCAAUACAGGAUCGGAAUACGACGGAUCCGAUUCAGGAGCAAGUCCGGAUGAAGCGAUUUCCUGGGGUAAAAUUCGUUCAGUGGCCAAGCCAGUCAAGGUUCACGGUGAUGCCACUUUGAUAUUUCCAUUACUUGUUGCUCAAACAUUUGCGCAGCAUAUGCAAAAGAAAUCGUCAACUAAUUAA